AUGGCGACAUCGGAAAGACGACUCGUCGGUUUCUGCGAAACAAUGGAUUGGCGUUUCACGAACUUUGUCGAUCUGAACCCUCUGAUGGCGUGCUCUUUGUGCCACAUUGUUCCGACUGUGACCUUUGUUCUGGAAUGCUCUCACGUGCUCUGUGAACUGUGCUAUCAGAAUCUCCUUCAGGGUAAACGACGUUGCCCUUUAGACGGCGAAGGCUUCCGAGAAACGGGUACGGGCAAGUUGAUCCUGACACCUGUGCAAAUAGGAAAACAAAAGGCACGAUGUUACAACUUCAAUGAAGGAUGUGAUUUUGUUGGAACUGUCUAUGAAGUGAAGCAGCACUUUUUCAAGGAGUGUACGUUCCACGCGGUAACCUGCACUCGCUGCCAAGUGAGGGUGCUCAGAAAAGAGAUCGUAGAUCACUAUGUCGAACAAUGCGUGUCACGCCAAUCUGCUAUUGUGUGCCCACCGGCAGGUGUCUCGGACGCUGCACUGGAGAUGGGAAAGAAGAUAGACGCUUCACUGGGGAUCAUGACGGACCGCCUGUCCGCAAUCGAGGAACAGCUCCACAGUCAUGCUGGAGCAAUAAGGAAAGCCCUCGAAUGUGAAGCAUCGAACGUUGACGGGUCGAAGAAGACCGUGGGAGAACAAGAACACCUAACAAAUUCCGACAGGUUCGAGACUGUAAACGAGAGGAUGCGUGCCAUGAUGGAUGAAAUCCAAGAACUGACGAACUGGGUACGUGUCAUAAACAACGAGUUAUCUGAUCUCACCUCAGAGGAUGCAGACACAACAGUGGAGGAGUCCACAGAAGAAAACAACAGUAAGACUGACAGCUCGCAGGAAGCUGAAGGUGGUGCUAGAUAUCCGCAAGACCCACAUGGUCAAGAUGCUUCUGGAGUUCGUAACGGUGUGAAGAAGGUUGUGGAUGCCAUCAAGCGGCUUCAUUGUGUUGAAAAGAUGUUGGGUGAGCUUCAGCUGACCAACCGUUUGAGGAACAAUGUUUCCUAUUUUCACAUUCAGGGCGUUGCCGAUAUUGAGAAAGAAUCUAUGACUGGGGAAGCAGUUGUUCGGACCUCUAAUAUUUUUCGCUUGUUUGGUUACUCUGCAAAAUUGAAAGUUGUAAUUGAGUCAUAUCGUGGUACACUAUAUUUGGGUGUAUUUCUAAGAAUUUGUAAGAGCUCAAAUGAUACGUGCUUGAAAUGGCCAUUUACUAUGCCUUGUACCCUAGUGUUGGUGCACCCAACUGACGAGAAGAAGAAUAUUGAGGAUCACAUUGACGUCUUAGAAUAUGUAGAUGAGGACAGCGAGUCUUUCAUCAAGCCAGUUGAAGAUUCUAACGUGGGCUUUGGUUCUCCAGAGCUCUGUAGACUGCAGUAUGUUUUGAAGAAAGGUUUUGUACACAAUAACUCAAUCACUGUCGGUGUAAGCAUUCCAUAA